AAGAAAAAAAGUAGAUAUUACUGUUGUGUGGCUAGGGGCACUUUCAUGAUAUAUUUGCUGGUGGCUAAUCGAUAUAGUCAAUUAUUAUUUAACGACUCAAAAACUUUUGAUCUGUAAAUUUAUUUCUGCAAAGAAUUAUACAGAAAUGGAGUUUAAAUUUCUAUUCUUUAUGUUUAUCACUAAAUUUAUUGCGGGCGUCAUUGCAGCGGACUAUGAAUUAAAAUUUGUGACAGUCGUAUUCCGUCAUGGAGAUCGGACACCAGAAACAGACGAAUCUUACCCAAAUGAUCCAUAUCUACACGAUGAUUUUUAUCCUCUAGGCCGAGGACAAUUGACAGUUGCUGGUAAACAGCGGGAGUAUCAAUUAGGCCAAGCGCUGCGUAAUCUCUACGAUGAUUUUCUAGGUGAUAUUUAUAUUCCAAAAGAUGUAGUAGCACGUAGUACAGAUCGUGAUAGAACGAGAAUGUCUUUGCAACUUGUUGUCUCUGCUAUGUAUCCUCCGAAAGGUUCACAAGUAUGGAAUGACACUUUAAAUUGGCAGCCAAUUCUCACAUCCUAUGUUCCGGAAGCUGAUGAUACUCUUUUGAUAUCCGACUCAUGUCGACAAUAUAAAGAAGAAUUUGAAAAAGUGACAAAGUCACCUGAAGUACAAAAAGAAAUCGAUCGAUUUCGGCCUCUUAUGGAAAAUCUCACUGUGGUGACUGGGAAAGAGAUAUCGACAGCCGCAGAUUUGUUUCUUCUGUCCAACGGAUUGGUAGCUUUGGCCGGAACCGAUCGCCCAAUUCCGAAAUGGUCUGAAGGAAUUUUUCCCGAGGGUCUGCUUCUCGAUGCGUCAAACCUUCAGUAUAAACUAAUAUUUUAUAAUGAUAAUCUUAAGAGAUUGUCCAGUGGAAUGAUUAUUAGAAACAUCACGGAUACGAUGAAUGAUAUAAUCAAUGGAAAACUUCCUAACCAUCAAAAAAUGAAUAUUUUCAGUGCUCACGACAGACAUGUUGCGUCUCUUCUUGCUGUUCUCAGCGACUACGAUCCACACGUCCCGAAAUUUUCCAGCAGCGUUAUGGUUGAGUUACUUCAGAAAAAUGAAAACUAUUACGUUAAGGCGCGCCAUUAUCAGGGAAUCCCACCGACUGUCAUUGAUUUAAAAAUACCAGGAUGUGAUACUUUGUGUCCCUUCAAUGAUUUCAUGACAUUAAUGAAAAAUUUCAUUCCUUCUGAUGAAGAAAUAAAGUGUGAUAAGAAGUAAUUCUUUAUCCAGCUCUGAGAUUAUAAUGAAGAAUUAAAAAAUAAAUUUUAUUAUCAUUUUAAA